GGGAGGAGGCAAAAGGGAGAGCAGGAGCAAGGAGGGCAACAAGAAUUAGAGGGAGAGCGAGCGUUAUGUUCGGAGUGUGAGGAGAGGACAGGUCUGAAAGUGUGUGAGUGUUUCUGCCUCUUCACCAGCCCUCUCAGGCUCCGCAAACACAACCCGGGCAGCAUGCAGCAGGCGCGGGUCCUUCCCCGGCUCUCCUCCGCCCUCCUGCUCUGGGCGACGGGGCUCCUGGUGUCGGGAUCGGACCUCCAGCAUCACCGGUACGAGGACAUGGUGCGAGCCCUGUUUGCAGUGCAGAGCGAGUGCCCCUACAUCACCCGCAUAUACAGCAUCGGGCGCAGCGUGGAGGGGCGUCACCUCUACGUGCUGGAGUUCAGCGACAACCCGGGCAUCCAUGAGGCAUUGGAGCCCGAGUUCAAGUACGUCGGCAACAUGCACGGCAACGAGGUGGUCGGCCGCGAGCUCCUCAUCAAGUUCUCCCAGUUCCUGUGCGAGGAGUACCGAGCCGGGAACCAGCGGAUCACCAGGCUGAUCCACGACACGCGCAUCCACAUCCUGCCGUCCAUGAACCCCGACGGCUACGAAGUGGCCGCCAGACAGGGUCCAGAGUUCAACGGCUACCUCGUGGGUCGAGGGAACGCCAGAGAAAUCGAUCUGAACCGGAACUUUCCGGAUCUGAACGCGCUCAUGUACUACUACGAGAAGACCAAUGGACGAAACCACCACCUGCCUCUGCCAGACAACUGGGAGCAUCAGGUUGAACCGGAGACCCUGGCCGUCAUCAAAUGGAUGCAGAACUACAAUUUCAUCCUGUCGGCCAAUCUCCACGGAGGAGCCGUCGUGGCCAACUACCCCUUCGACAAGUCCAGAGACCCCCGCAUCCGAGGCAGGACCACGUACGCCGCCACGCCGGACGACAAGCUGUUCAGGAAGUUGGCGAGGACGUACUCGUACGCACACAGCUGGAUGCACAAGGGCUGGAACUGCGGCGACUUCUUCGAUGAGGGCAUCACCAACGGCGCCAGCUGGUACUCUCUGUCCAAAGGCAUGCAGGACUUCAACUACUUGUACACCAACUGCUUCGAGAUCACCCUGGAGCUGAGCUGCGACAAGUUCCCGCCGGAGUCGGAGCUGCCCAGAGAGUGGCUGGGCAACCGCGAGGCGCUGGUCUCGUACCUGGAGCAGGUGCAUCAUGGGAUAAAAGGCAUGGUGUACGACGAGAACAACAACCCCAUCGGCAACGCUGAGAUCUCAGUGGCUGGAAUCCACCACGACGUAACCACCGGGGUGGACGGUGACUACUUCAGACUUCUUCUACCCGGAACCUACACGGUGACGGCCUCUGCGCCCGGUUACCUCCCGUUCACCAGCACCGUCACAGUGGGACCGGCUGAGGCCAUACAGCUUCAUUUUUACUUGAAAACGGCACCGAAGCAAAGCCUGAAAGCGAAACCCCACAGCGGCAGGAAAAACCUCUCGUCUCCCAAGGCCCCCUUAAAACUGGGCCCGAGAUGAGACAUGGACACCUUGACGUCUCCGACACACA